AUCAAACCACCAGAAGUGACAGUACAGCCAAUAUGGCAGCGCGCAUGGUUCAAAUACAAACGUGAAGGUCUUUUUCGCUUGUACGUGAACACAUAUUAUCCCACUUGCUGGCAAAGGGGACGGACAGACGAGUGGCAGACCAGACAAAUAGACAAUAUGUCUAAGAUAUCUAAAGCGGCCAAGGCAGUGAAAAAGUUGGAUACUGGAGGCGUCAUCAGAGCGAUUGUAAGGUCUGGACAAGCAGCUCCUGGGCCUCCCCUGGGCCCCAUCCUGGGACAGAAAGGGAUUCCCAUAGGGUCUUUCUGCAAAGACUUCAAUGAGAAAACCAAAGACCUGAAAGAAGGCAUCCCUCUUCCCAUCAAGAUCAAUGUGAAGUCGGACAGGACGUAUGACUUGAAAAUUGGGAAGCCCACUGUAUCUUACUUCUUGAAACAGGCCGCCGGCAUUGACAAAGGAGCUGGAAAGACUGGGCAUGAGAUCGCUGGUAUGGUGACUGUGAGGGCGGUAUAUGAGAUUGCACAAGUCAAAUCGCAGGAUGACAGUUUUAAGCUGCAGGACACCUCUAUGCAGAACGUUGUCAAGAGCAUCAUCGGUUCCGCCAGAUCCCUCGGCAUCAAAAUCGUCAAUGACAUGUCACCGCAGGAGUACGGGGAGUUCCUCCGACAGCGUGAGGAGAGACUGAAGGCAGAAGCGGAGGCAGCCGCUGCGGAGGCUGCAGUAGUAAAGAAGAAAUGAAGAGCUGCUGUGUGCUAGCUCUCAUUACAAAACCCCCAUUCACACGAUUCGUCCCACUAUUCAGGAUGUUUUUCUAAUAAAAUGCUGCUGUUUUGCAUCCAAAAAUA